UCCGACAGAACAUGGCGACUUGCAUUUGAGGACGUUUAACAAGAAGUGGAUGGUAAUAACAUUCAUUGCUUAAUGCUAUAUUGUUAUAACACAUGUUUUCAAUUUCAUCUUGGAUUUAGUGAGGAUUUGUUUGAACGUCUCUGGGGGUGACUUAAAAAAAUGUCGAUGCAAAGUGGAUCUGUGAUUCAAGAGAAGGUGGCCAAAUUGUUGAGCAGGCAGAAUGGCAGACCAGUACUUAGACCCAUCAAACCUCUGGCGCUGAAAAAUGAGGUCGCUAACCGCAGGCUCCGGAAAGGAGAGGCCACCUGUGUCACGGAGAUGUCAUUACUGAUGGCUUGCUGGAAACAGAACGACUUUAACAACACCGUCUGCUCUAAUGAAGUCUCAACGUUUUAUGCGUGUGUAGAAAAGACCCAGAUGCAGAACAAGGCCAAAGGAAAGCAGGGAGGUCAAGGUCGACUUUUGCCAAAGGAAGCCACAAACUUAUUGAAGCGAUAUCCCAACCUGGACAGUGAGAUCUAGGACCACAGACAUGGCUUGGUCAAAAAAUUUAGUUUAUGAUUGGGAGUGAGUGGACUAGCAAACUGAUGAGAACAGGGUGUGGAAAGGUUUUCUAAAAAGCAGCAGUGAAAUUGAGCAGACAAAAAAUGUUGUCAACGAGACUCUGCCUAAUGCAGUUUGUCACAACCACAUCAGCAGAUGCCCACAAAGCAAAUGAGCUGCAUUCACAAGGCUGUAAAUGCACUUUUGUUCAUUACUAGAUUUUACUGGCUACACUCCAAUAGGUCAUUCCAUAACAGUGCAAAGGAAGGAUCACUGAUAAACCUCAAAUCCAAGCAGUUCACACUCUUGAUUCUUUUUGAGAGCCUGUAAUUUGUGUGGCAGUUUUUGGAAAUAUUGUUAGUAAUAUAUGUCCAUACCAAUAUAAUUUCCUCAUUUAAUCUAUAUGUUAUUCAUUUGAUUGUGUUGGUGUUUCUAUAUCUCCCAUGAAUUAUUGGGCUGUGACUAAAUUAUCUUCCUGUGUCAUGGUCUGUCCAGCAAUAUAAUUUGUCCAAGCCAUAUUCAGUUAUCAGAAAAUUGAGAUCAAGGAAGAACUACGCAGUGCUGGGUCAUGUUACAUGCCAGGACAAAGUGUAUUAGUUUUGGCCAUGAGAACUGUUUGAUAAUGACUGGAAUAAAUCUAAAUAACUCUUAUUAAAAGUAUUAACUUACUGACUAUGUGUUCAUAUAUCUGGUACAGAGAGUUUAAAAGGAUAUUUUUCAAGGUUUUUUGUUGUCUGAAACCUUGUUUAACUUAGUGGCCAUGGACUGGCUUUAUUCCAUUAAUGCAAUUUAACCAUGGCCAUUUCAUCAUGUGAUAAUGCUGCCCACAAUAUCCUUAGGAUGUAUUUCUACAGUUGUCUGCAAACUAAUGUGUCUAGGAAAUGCUGUAUGUUUGAGUCUAAACCCUGCGCAUUUGUCAGUUUGUUUUUUCAGGGCUUUGAUCCCUGAUAAACUGAUCUUUGAGCUACAGUAAUAAGUAAAGAAAACAGCUGUUUUGAUCAAAUGUGCAAAAGUUUUUAAUUUUAAACUCAGUUAUGAUGUAAUCUUAGCCAUUGUGCCAGGAUGAGCAAAUCCCCCUUUUUAGCAAGAUCCAAUCAGAAUAAGUUUUAUUCCACUUCAAAUAUGAAAACCAAAUAAAUCUACACCUGAUUUAAUUUUCAUUAAACAAGAAACACGUUUGCUUUGUCCUGAUGGCAAAUUUUAUCCACCAUAUCAACACAUGCCCUUUGAGUCAUUCUGGGGAUUUUUCAUGAGCUCCUUUGACACUUUCUGUUUUACAUUUGCCAUGUGACCACAAAGGUGUUUUCUGUUAUGUGGCGCUGAAUAUGAAAUAAAA